AUGCCUCUGAUAAACGGCGUCAAGAUGGCCUGUGAGCCGUGCAUCCGAGGCCAUCGCUCCACCAAAUGCACUCACGCCAAUGAACGGCUCAUGGUCCCCGUGCGCAAGCCGGGACGGCCACUCAGCUCGUGUCCGCAUCCCGCAUCCAAGCCAUGCACCUGUGCUGCCCUCAUGGCUGCCAUACCCAAGAGUCACAAGUGCCCCUGCGGCACCGCGGAGGAGGCAGCUGGCCGCAAGGCGGCCGAGACUGCGGACCGGGAGGCGUCUAAUGGAAUGGUGACGCCCCCGAGCCCGGCACCAAAGGGAACCUCUGCUGCACCGGCAUACCGCGUACAAAAGGCCAAUUCGAAGAAUGGACCGGCUAAAAAGCAGAUCGAUCCGGCCAACCUCGAAAGAAUGGAUGUGAACCAGUUGAACAUACUCUCUUCCCCUGAACUGAAAUCACCAACAACGCCGACCAAUGGCGCCAUGCCUACGACGCCCAUUACUGCCUUCCCCAGCUACGGAAUGAUGGGCUUUCUCCCCAACGGCAACGCCUUCAACCCUAACCCGACCGUGUUUCCUCUAUAUCAGCAACUGGCAUCGGCAAAUCCAACGGCUGGCCACAUGGCGACCAAACCGAUGGCACCGAAUGGCCACCCUCUCGUGAAUGGACAAGGCGCGGUCGUUGCAGCUAAGAGUUGCUGUGGCCCUGCGAAGUCGACCUUGGCGCAGCCGAAUGAACAGCAUGCGCCUAAAGCGAACGGAACAAAUGGUGUCGAAAACCAGCCCAAGAGCUGCUGCUCAUCCCGAGCAGAAAAAUCGGAGUCGAAGCCUCAAGAACGCAUGCCUACGCCAGCAAUGGCUCCUCAGGCCAACGGCAUGAUGAUGCCGCAGUUUACUAAUAUGCCGAUUGGUAUGCCAAAUGGCAUGUAUCCCUACUUUGCCCAGCCUGCCAUAUUCGCAUAUCCGCCACAGUACGGCUCCUAUAUGCAACCGCUCCAGCCAGAUCAGUGGAGACAGCUGAUGACGGCACUGAGCAUUGGACAGCAGCAACCGACAAACGUGCAACAGAAUAUUCCGUACAGCGCACCCGCCCCAGCAUCCGCCCCAGCGCAGCAAUUUCCGCAGACCAGCAGCUCAGAAGCAGAUUCGACAUGGACAGCUCAUCACUGCAGCUGCGGGGAUGGCUGCCAGUGUAUUGGCUGUGCCACACACCCGUAUAACACAGCAACGCAGAACUACGUUCGAUCUGCCUGGAAUAGCAUGACGGAGGAUUCGCCCAAGCGCCACAGACAUUCCGAUAGUGUCAGUACCCCAAGCAUAAACGGCAGCUACGAGAUGCCCACGCCCUCGAACCAAUCACCGAUUGGCGGCUCGACGCCCGUCAUGGCAAAGAUGGAAGAGACUGCCUCACCCACGACGGCGCAGACGCCAUCAGACGCCACCUCGACUCUCGGAGAAGAGUUGACCUUGUCGGCAAAUGACUUUUUCUUUGUCAGCUAUCCGUUUGGCGACAUUUGCGAAGGAGAGAUGGCCAACUGUCCUUGCGGGGAUGGUUGCCAGUGCAUUGGCUGUGCCAUCCAUGUCACUGUCCAGCAAGGCCAUUGA